AGCAGAGACACAGAGAAGCACGAUGGAAGAGUUCAAAUGGAUCAAAAUAUCUUUAUUUCUGAUACCGCUGCUUCACUUUAGAGCAGCAGCAAACAGACAGUUUCUGCUCUCCUCCACUGUCAGAGAUGGAGAUGAAGUCACUUUGUCCUGUGAAAAUGUGAGAGAUGAUCAGAAUAACUGUGAUGGUACGACAUGGACUGUCAGUUAUUUAAGAAGCCCGGUAGUAGAGCUGGUUAUACUUGGGCAGAUUGGUGUAGACGCCAAAGCCAAAUCAGACAGACUGAGUGUUAGAGAGAACUGUUCUCUGGUUAUAAAGAAUGUCACAGAGGAGGAUGUUGGUCGUUACUACUGUCAGCAGUACAACAAAGCAAGACAACGACAAGGUCGAGACUCUCAGGUUUAUCUCUCUGUUGUUACCAUGACUGAAGAGAAGAACGAUGAUAUAGUGACGUUACGCUGCUCUGUGUCGACAUAUGAACGAUGUAAACACACAGGGAAGUGGCUGUAUGAGGGUAAAGACGUGGCUAAAGAUCACCCAAACAUUGAGACAUUACAGAGUCGCUGCUACACCACUGUGAAAUGGCAGGAUCCUGUGGAUUCUGUGGAUCCUGGUUUAAUUCACAAACCAAGGUCUAACUUACUGAAGUGUGAAGUGACAGAUGGUUACACUAAAGAAGUGCAGCUGUUUCCCUUCAUCCCUCCUCAUUCCUCAAGAGAGAAACCAGCUGCUGAUGCAACAACGGCGACUACAAUAUCACCAACAUCAGAGACAAUGAGCACAUCAAAAGGUAAAGAAAAAACCGCAACAACUGAGACAACAAGAACUUCUGAUAAAAGCCCAGAAUCAUCAGCAAUUAAAGAUCUUUUAACCAAACUACAAGAGUGGUGGUGGCUGAUCGUUGUGUCUGUGGCUGUUGCAGCUCUCAUAAUCAUCACUGUGGCUGUCCUCAGAUGGAGGAGAGCUAAAGGGAAGAAAACACAGAUGGAUGACCACGUGGCUGAUCCUGAAGGUGGUGUUUCCUACGCCUCCAUCAGCUACACCAAGAAGACCAACAGGAGAGCACAGGCUCGGGGUGGAGAUGAUGAUGAUGAAGAUGAAGAUGAUGCACUGACCUGCAGCACCGUGACAGCUCCCUCUUCCUCUGCUGCUGCUGCAGCCUCUGCUGAUCUCAGCAACCUCUAAGCCAACUUCAACGAAGCCAAAAAUUAAGAGCACAGGGUAGUUACAGCUCGUAUCAUUACAGUUAUAUUCAGUUACUUGAUACGGGAGAAAGAUAUGAUAAACAAUUGAUUAGCUUAUUAUAUUCUAUAACUAUGGCCGAGGCAUUUCUCAAUAAGAGCAAGAUCAUGUACGGUCUAAACCUAAAAAGCUUACAUUUAAAAUGAUAACAUAGAAAUACUGUAUAUUACUGAGAAUUAUGUUGUGCUGUGUAUAUCAUUUAUCUAAAAAGGUUAUGUGCCAAGCUGAGAUAUUUGUAUUUUACCAUACUGUUGGAACUUUGUUGAGUAUGUUAAAAACAGAUAUUGAUUCUUCUUUUAGGCCUUUUCCCUUUAUUGUACAGUGAAAGUGCAUAGACAGGAAAGGGGGAGAGAGAGAUGGGGGGAUGACACGCAGCAAAGGACAGCAGGUCAGAUUCGAACCCACGCCGCUACAGGACUCAGCCUACAUGGGGCGAACGCUCUUAAUGGGUGAGCUGGAGGCCGCCCCAUAUAUCGAUUCUUCGUUUGUUCACUUGAUUUUGUAAAUAUGGAUGAUGCAGAAAUUUUGAGCUGGCUAUUUGCAUAUGAGGAUUUUAGCUUAAGUAUACUUGGAGAGAGCCUGGGAAAUGAGAUAAAGAUUUUUUUAAUCAGUGUAAUCAUAAUCUGCAGCAAUGUAGCCGUUUUUGUCAGUGUACAGUUCAUAUUCAAUGCAAUUCAAUUGUAUUUAUAGUGUCAAAUUACAACAGAAGUUAUUUCAGGACACUUUACAGAUAAAGUAGGUCUAGACCACAUUUUAUAAUUUACAAAGACCCAACAAUUCCCCAAAAGAGCAAACACUUGCGACAGCGGCAAGGAAAAACUUUUGGACAAACCCAGGCUCUUGGUGGGCGGCUAUCUGUUGCUGCUGGUUGGGACACAGAGACACUGAUACAGAUAGACAGAAAUAUGAUUCCUAAUAACCUUAGCAGUUGGUAUGAUGCGCCGUGGCAUUUAUAGUAACAGAUGAAAUGGAUUGUUUCAAAUAUGUUUUUAAAGAUAUAUAAGAAUAUAGAAGUACUUUUUAACAUGAUCAUUUUUGCUUGUUCUUUUGCGGUUUCUUUUGUUAAAGUAUAAAGAUGUAGGCUGUGUUGUAUUAAAGCAGUGUCUUGUAAUCUUAUGUGGCAUGGACCAGAUG